GUUUAAAUUUAACUUAGUCAUAAAAAAGAGAGAUGCCGCGUUUCAUUUGCGCCAGGUUCCAAGUGGACGGACGUAUUGUUGUUAUUCACGAGUGCUGGCUUGUCGGUGAAGGGCAUUGUAGAUGGCCUCAAUCUGGCAACAUUGAAGAAUUAGUAAAAAUGGGACAAAAACCAAAAUCUGAAUGGGGAGUUUGGGAAAUUGAUAUUCUCGGUGGAGACGAGGAUUAUGAUACCUGCUCCAGAAGAGCCUACAGCACCCAACAAUCAUGGGGAUCUCAUUCAAAAGUUCCGAAUUCCGUUCCUCAAGGUCCUGGCAGCAUGACAACAAUGUCUUCAGGAUAUACCUACAGACCACUGUUGGAUUUGGAGAAGAGUACCACAAGCACAACUUCAUCUUCAACGACUUCAAAUUCACGGAAACGUAAAGCGCCAUCAGAUUCCGAAAUAAAAAUAACUUUGAAACGUCUAGAACAUUCCAUUUCAACUAUAAAUAGAAAUUUAUCUGGAAGACUAAGAGAUAUUGAAGAUAAAUUGAAACCUAUUUUAAAUGAUUCUUCAUCAAAUAACGGUGCACGAAGUCCACCCCCUGCAAGUCCCCCAUAUGUUCCGAAAUAUGACAGAGAGACAGGGAGACAUUGCCAUACUGUACUUCCUCCUGCUAAUACUAUGGAAGAACUAGAUGAAUGGCUCGAUAAUCAGGACUGCUAUGCAGUAGCAAAACGAGUUACAUGCACUGAAUUACGAGCAACAGUUCGUGCCUUCAUGAGAGCAGCUAUGACCAAGAAUCUGGCGAAAACGUUCAGUUGGAGCGGGCUCGGAAUGCGAAGAAUGAAAACAAAAACCAGUUUCAAAGAUCACAAAGCUUUUAAUUACUUAAUUGAUGUCCUUCACGAGACACCAUUCCGACACGCAUCUCAGAGUGAGAUUUCCGACGGAAUAAAGAAGGUAUUGGCUGGAGUCGGUGAGUGGGACGGAGGACGCGCAGCAAGAUACUCUUCGUUCCCAACAAUUGCCUUCUUCCCUUGAAUAAUAUGAGAUGGAAUUUUUCUUGAAAAUCUUCUCGCUUGAAGGGAAUCGGGAACAGAUGGACGUGGACUCUUACAUACUUAUAAUUUCCAUCAAGAUGAUUGUCAGUUACGGCUUCCUCCACCGACCUUGAAUCUGAAACAAAUAACUGAAUAACUACCGACACUGUCUCAUUUCCAUCAAGUUACCUGUCGGUUACGACUCCUUUCACCAUGAAUCUGAAACAAAUAACUGCGUAACUGAUCGAAUACUUGACAUGGACUGGUAACCGGAUGAAAAGCCGUGGUUCGCGAUAUGAUUAAACUGUCUUAUUUCCAUCAAGUUACUAGUUGGUUCGGCUUCUCUCAUGAUAAAUGUCCAUGAAUCUCAGACUGAUAAACGGACCUGCGGCCAUGAUUUCUCAUAUGAUCAAACGGACCUCCUGAAGUAUGCGCACCAAGAUGGCGCACAACCUGAACUCAGGUUGUGUACAAGGUCAUGUUUCAGGUUGUGCGACAUCUUGGUGCGCAUAUUUCAGGAGUACCGAACUGUUAUAUCAGCUUUCCGCUCCCCCAAGAAUCAGGAUGAAUAUAAAAAAUCAAAUCUUGAUUUAUAGACAAGUAUUGAUGGCAAGUAUGCAACCUCAAAAAUUUAAAUUAGGGAGACGUUUGAACUAAAAGACUCCUGCUAGUUUUCCAUGGGCCGGUAGUACAUUAAGUAAAGCAUUGUUUGAUCUCAGUGGCCGCUUAUACAAGAUAUGGUCUGGAGCGGAAAGUGUGAAUGACCGUUGUAUAGAAAGGAAGAACAUUUAAUAAGCUAUAUCAGGGGUGAGCAAAUACUUUCCUGAGUGGGCCAGUCCAGUCAGUUCAUGACAAGUCUUCAUUUAGUUGAAUUUAGUCACUGAGUUUUUUUGCUGAAUGGCCUUUAACCUCAUAGGUUUUAACGGUUUGAUGGGGAUAUUUAACUUUUAUUUUGCUCAUCACUGACGCUGUUCUUCAUAUUAUGUUAUUUAAUUUCUAAUUUUUAUUUUCUUUUUUUUAAGCUGUACAUGUUCUGCUGCUUUACUCUUUCUGUUUUAUGAUUUUUAGUUAAAACUUCUAACUGUUUUAGCAAAUAUUAUAAAAUUAUGAGGGCAAUGCACAAAUAUUUUGGUGAUUUAAAUUAUUCUUCCUCUACCCUCAAGUCCAUGUAUCCGAAAACAAAUGACUGGCUAACUAAUCCCAUACCUGACUUGGACUGGUAACUGGAUGAUAGGCCGUGGUUCACCAUAUGAUUUAGCUAUGUCAUCGUCUUACCUCUCCUCCAGGAUAAAUAUGUAAGUCCUGUAUACGAACACAAAGAUCAUUGAAUCUACUGAAAAGAUUACCAGACAAGCAUGACGAAAUAAAAAAGUGUUCACCCUCAAUUAAAAUAAAACGUCGAAAUUUUGGGGUUGAAAGUUCAGAUCCCGCAUAGCUCUGAAGAAAUUUAAUAACCCUCGAUGGACACCCCCUUCAAUCUCCCAUCUUCAAGUCAAAAAUUUAUUUAACACUUACCGCUUGUGUUUAAUUGCGCGUGCACCCAAGGGAAUUUUUUCUCUAACGAAUCCAGCAACAAUUUGGCAAAUCGAUCUACAUGUAUAAUUCUCACUCAAUGAGUUAUAUUUUCAUGUUUUUCUCUAUGUGCCUGAUUUAUGAAAUGAUUUUUUUUUAAACUAUUCUUGAACCAUCAUGAUUAUUCACCCUUGUUAAAUUGAUCGACUUUUACAAGACUAUGAUAUAGGGAUGUUUAAGCUAUUCUUGAACCAUCAUGAUUAUUUAACUUUUCCUACAAUUUAAAGUCAAUGACUCAUCUUUGAGUCAAGUAUUGGAUCUUUCUAUUUGACAUUAGCUUGUUGGAUGGUUGCUCAUGAUAUGAUAUUGUGAAAAACAUUCUCUAAUAUUUUAUCUGAAUGUCGUAAUGAGCUGAAUGUCAUAAGCAUUUGAGUGAAUACAAAAAUAAACAUGAACAAUAUCGUUAUAUUCAAUAUAAUGGCCUUCUUGGUUCUUCAUUCUGAAAUUUACUCAACUGUUUGUGAAAUUCCAAGCCAGCAUCAACUACUUUGCAUACAAGGCGGUCGUUUAAAACAGAAACCGCGAAUUUAUUGAUCACUCUUACGAAAACGAAGACAAUUUAUUUAACACUUGAACUCAUUUGUGAAUGAUUACUCAAAAAAUUAUGUUCUUUCUAGUAUAUGUUCCUAAUGACCUGAGUUUUGGGACGCCCUGCCUGGAAUUUUCAAAUGUGGGUGUUCUGAAAUUUCUUAUUGCCAAGUUAGACAGUAACAGCUAUCUGGUCCCGUCAGUAUUUUUGACCAGCGCUCCCUCUCCUCCUGCAUACACCCCUGCCGUGUAGUUGUACUCUUCCAAUAUCUAUGUGGCAAUUUUAGUCUUUGAAAAUUGAUGAAUUUAUAAAAUUAAUCAAUACUUGAAAACAUUUUUUAGCACAUACUUAGGGUAGCAAAUAAUUUGCGCCUAGUAAUUCACUGGUCAUGGGUUCGACUUUUCAACUUUUGAUGGUCGGUAUCAUUCUAUGCGCCAACUAAAUUGGUGAACUAACUGUUCCCUAUACUCGUUUUGGACUACCUACUGGAUGAGGGGCCAUGGUGGUCCACCAUAUGAUUCAGCUGUUUACAAACUCUUCCAUACCUUGGAACCAUGAAAACUAAACUGGUAGAGUAACUUUACUCAUAUCCAAUCUGUAUUUGCAUAUGACUUGGUUGUUUGCCAUAAGACUAUUAAUCUUAUGUAUUAUUGGUUUUUCUAUCUCUGUUGUUUUUUAUUCAGUAAUUGUUUAGGUAUCUUUUGCUCAUAUAAUACGUAUGGGAGGGCCAAAACAAUAUAUGGUAUAGAUAAAUUCCCAUUGCAAUUUUUAAAACAUUUUGGGACUUUAUGGACAUCCUAUAUAUGAAAUUUCAUCUAGUUUGGUUUAGCUUACAAGUUACAAUGCUUCUGAAAUGAUUUGCUAUUUCUCAACUUCCCUCUCAUUGGUAUAAAGAUGAAAAUCUAUCAUGUGGCAAUAUGAAAAUCUGUCACUCAUUUAUUUUUCUGUGUUUUUCUUUGACAAACAUCAUGUUUCAAUUUCUUUUAUUGUUUUUUGUUUUUAUUCUAUUAUUAGA